GUUCUUUUUAGGUUAUGUUUAUGUAUGGUGUAGGAUUUCAACUGGAUAACUUAAAUUUUGAAUUUCUUGAAAAUAGUGAACAGGGAAGUGCUGGAAGAUUCCACACCUUCCAGUAUAAGGAACCAUUAAUUUUUAAAUCAACUGAUUCACUCAAAAAUAUUAGCAUAAUCGUAUAAAUAAUGGAAGGUGAAAAAGUUCGCCAGUACUUCUGCAAGAUUAUAAAGGAAGAUGAAGAUGUUUCUGUAGGAGUAGCUGCUAUAAGAACACUUCUGGAGAUAAUCAAACAUUCAAAGUCUGAAACAGUUCAGGAGUUGGAGGCAAACUUGAAAGACGCCAUUUCUCAAAUGAAAAAUUCAAACUACACAGUUGCUGCCAUCAACUCUGGCUGUGAAUUAUUUUUAAGAUUCAUCACUUUGGCAUCUUUAGACACAAGGGAUUUUGAUGAGUGCAAAAAAAUAAUGAUGGACAGGGGACACUUGUUCAUCAAGAAGUUGGAUGAUUCAAGAGGGAAAAUAGUGAAAUUGGCUUCCAAUUUUAUAGGAGAUGGAUCGCGAAUUUUGACGCAUUCCAGGUCCAGGGUUGUUUUACAGACAUUGAGAAAAGCCCACAAGCAAAAUAAGAGAUUCGAAGUUUUUGUCACUAUAUCUGCUCCAGAUAACAUUGGAACUAGAAUGUGUAAAGACCUGGAAGCUGAAGGUAUACCAUGCACUCUUAUUUUGGAUUCCGCUAUAGGGUACAUAAUGGAACAAGUUGAUUUCAUCAUGGUUGGGACUGAAGGAGUAGUAGAAAGUGGCGGAAUCGUUAACAAGGUUGGGACCAAUACAAUGGCAGUUUGUGCGAAAGAAAUAAACAAACCAUUCUAUGUUUUGACAGAAAGUUUCAAGUUCUCCAGAUUGUUUCCUUUGGACCAACAAGACUUGCCUGAAGAAUACAAGUAUACUUCAGAGGUUAGGAAGAGUUGUGAUCUCAGAAAGAUUCAUCCUUUGGUGGACUACACUCCACCCUCAUACAUCACACUCUUAUUCACGGAUCUUGGUAUUUUGACACCGUCGGCAGUAAGUGAUGAACUUAUAAAAUUAUAUUUAUAAAUGGUAUUCAUGAGGUUUGAAUUAUAAAAAAAUUAAAAUCUAUUCUAGCCGAACACAUGUUAUUUCUUCGCAGUCGUAGCAUAUAA